AUGAUACAAUUUGUUUCAAAGCUCACUGUGCACGAUGCUGACAUAAAACCUCCUACUCCAAAAAAAGGAGUACAAAGGAUUAAAGUUAAACCAGCUGCAACAGUAUACAACUUUGUUACGUCAGAAGAAGAGGAAGAAGAGCCUGAAGGAGUUGAAAAUGACCAGCCACAGGAAGGAGCAAGAGAGUCAGAAGUUGAAGACAAUACCAACACGAUUGGUAUUGUUGAAAGUGCUACACAAAAGGAAACAAAUGAAAUCUCUGUACUGUUAUCAAGACAAGACAGACCAAAAGAACCAAGUUUGUAUUUGGAGAAUAUCUCAGAGACUCUUUCAGAGAAGGAUCUUAGUUAUUCAUCUCAGGAUGCCAAUCAAGAAGAGAAAAACAGUGUAAAUGCACAAGUAGAAGUGCAUGUUAAGACACAACCUCAGUAUCAGCUUACUGUGCGUGAUGUUGAUAUAAAACCUCCUAUUCCAAAAAAAGGAGUACAAAGGAUUAAAGUUAAACCAGCUGCAACAGUAUACAACUUUGUUACAUCAGAAGAAGAGGAAGAAGAGCCUAAAGGAGAUGAAAAUGACAAGCCACAGAGUCAUUCUUUUGGGACUGGCAAUUCAAAUGGAACCAAGACAGUACCAGAACAAGUAAAUGGGGAUUCUAAGGUAGAACCUCAGUUUCAGUUCACUGUAAGUACCUGUGACACAGAAGCUGCUACUCCAGAUAAAGGAGUAGAAACAAUUAAAGUGCAAGAAGCCACAACAGUACUAAAGUCGGUAUCCAUAUCAAAGGAAGAGCAAGAAGAGCUUAAAGGAAGUGAAAAUAACCACCCACAGAAAGCAGAACUUGGGGUCACCAUCUUCAUCAUGAUUUUUAUUUUCAUUACUAUAAUGUGUAGAGAAGAAAACGUACAAAAUUUAUCAGAGAAUCUUACCAAGGAGGAUCUUGGUUGUUCUUCUGGGAGUGGCAAUUCAAAUGGAACCAAGACAGUACCCAAACAAGUAAAGGGGUCUUUUAAGAAACAUCCAUUGAAGGCUAUUCAGAGCACUAUUAACAUGACAGUUUCCAGUCUGAAGAAAGCAGUAGGAAGGAAGAAUGUGAAAAUAUCCAGAUCAGCAAAGCAAGACUUUAUGGUAAUAUCAGAGGAAAAGCAAGAAAAGCACGAUGGAAGCAAAAAUAAUCAUCCACAGAGCAUCUCACAGAAUCUUAAAAAGAAGGAUCUUGGGUAUUCAUCUGAGGCUUCUAAUCAAAAAGGAAAAAAUACAGUAAAUGAACAAGUCGAAGGGUUUUCUGAGAAACAUUGCCAGUUGAAGUCCACUCAGCAUGCCAUUAAGAUGGAAGUUUCCCAUGGCAAGAAAGCAGUAAAACAGAAGAAUGUGCAGCUAUCCAGAUCAGAACAAGCCUUGCAGAUGUCAUCAGAUGAAGAGAAAGAAAGUCAUGAAGGAAAUAAAAAUAAACAGUCAAAGGUUAAAAAACAAAGGAAGAAGUGUGAAGCUAAUGAGAUAGAAGUAUCUAAAUACCUCUGUGAUUUUGCAACUGAUGACAGUGAUGAUGAUGGAUUUACUCAAAAAAGAAAGGCUGGAGAAACCUACAAUCAGCAGUUUUCUAGGAAGGAGAAUGAAAAGUCGGACAGUAUUGUGGCAACAUUACAGCUUUCACAGAAAUUUUUGGCCCCAAACUGGAAGGUGAAAAAACAAAUACACACUAUGGAUGACCAUGAUGACUUAACCUGUUCAUCUGAGGGAGACUCAGAGGAUUAUGAGUUGCCUUCUGUUAAUUAUAAGAAUUUGACAUUUCUUGCUAAACAACAUGGAAAGCACUAUAAAGAUUCUUUUAACCAAUUGGAAAUUCAAAACACAGCUCUUCCCUAUAAGAGCCAUGCAGAACGUAAUAAAAAUUAUUAUAAAAAACUUACAGAUAAUAUCAAAGCACUGGAAACUAUGAUUAUUUUUCUAAAAAUGAAGCUAUCUAAAACGAAAGGAAUAAACUUACAGUUAUACCAUCAAAGAUGUGAAUGGGAGCAAAAACUCCACAGUUUGAGAUUCACACUAAAAGAAAUGGAAGAGAUGAGAAAAAAUGAUUCUAUAGCAUUUGAACAAAUUAAGGAAAAGUUAACAAGAGAAAUAGAGCAACAUAGAAAAGAAGUUGCGAUAAAAGAAGAAUUGGAACACAGACUGAGAGCCCAAAAUGUGGAGUUGGGGACCCUUAGAAAUAAUCUGGAGAAUUGUCAAAGGCAUGAACAUGAAAGAGAUCUCCUGAACAAAGAAAUUGUCAGACUAAGAUUGAAAGUAGAAAGAAUGAAAAUGAACAAUGAGGAGAUAGACAAGAAACACUUGCGGGACUUGGAAAUCAUCAAAGACAAGACUGAUGAUCUUCAAAAUGCUGUAAAGCUCAGUGAAGAAAGGUUAAUGAAAGUAACAGCCCAGUAUAAUGGCCAGCUCAACAUACUACGAGACGAGAAUAAAGUGCUACAAGCCAAACUGAAGGAAGCGAAAGAAAACCAGAAAAAACUAGAAGCAGAACUUGAAUCCCACCGUCUCAGACUGGCAGAUGCUAACAAUGAGCGUCACCAAAGUCAGGUCUCCCAAAGAGACCUUGCCUUCAUUGUCCAGAGAACAAAAGAAGAAUGGUCUGGUACACUGGAGUAUAUGAACUCUCGUGCCGAAACCCUUUUCCAACAACUCUGUGAUGCAGAAGAGAAAUUCAGUUGCCUGCAAGCUGAGUUUUGUCACAUGAAAGAUGCUCUUCGAGAGAAGAGUUUUGCUCUAGAAGGUGCACAGAGAGACCUGAUGGAAGCACAGUUUGAAAAGCAGAACAUUCAACUGAAGUAUCAAAGUGAACAAAGAACAGUGAGUAUGUACAUUGUAAAGCAGGAGUCUUUAGAGCAGAGACUGUCCGGACUGCAAUGUAAAACUAUGUCACUUCAACAACAGCUGGAUGAUGUUCACAAGGAUUCUGCAGAUAAAGAGAAGGCAAAACACAGCAGAGACAGCCCGUGUGCUGCAGUGGUGAAGGCUCUUGAAGUAGGGCAUGAAAGGUACAGUCUGUUUUUGGAAGAGGAAAACAAGAAGUUGCUUGACGAAUGCAAUCACUUAAAAGAAAGGCAGUACCAAUAUAAAAAAGAGAAAGUGAAAAGAGAAGCAGUUUUGAGACAACUUCGCCAAGAACUGUGUGAUACCAUGCAAAAACUAUCCAGAUCGGAGACGUUACUAGAAACUACAUCACGUUGUCACAUUCAUUUAGAAGAUGAGACCCAACAUUCAAUGAGAAAAAUAAGUCAGAUGACAAACCAAUUUCAAGAAGUAGAGGAUCAACUCAAAGAGGAAGGACACCGUGCCGAGAAGAUGCUAGACCAAUGGAAAAAGAUCAAAAUGGCAAAUUCCAAAUUAAAACUUACUGUCAAAGACCAAGCCGAAAAACUCAACCAGUAUGAGAAAGACUUGUCAAGUGCAAGUUUCGUGCAGAAAUCUCUGGAAGAUCAGUUAGCAGAGACUAUAAAAUGUAAAAGGAUGAUGGAAGACCGCAUGCAAAGCCUUGAAAAAGAAAAUUCAAAAAUGAAAGUAAACUUUGGAAAGGCACUGGACUGCAUUGAGAAGUACGUGUCAUCUACAAGUUCAGUAAGUCAAUCUCUUACUUUCUAUCAUACUUAA